AGGCAGCCGCAGCCCUGCCAGCUCCCGCCCAGCUCUCAUUGAGAAAAGGGGAGCCGGCCGGAGCAGGAGGAGGGGGAGGAGAAGCUCCCUGCAGAGCGGCUCCUGCCCGGAUCGAGAAGCCUCCUGGAAUGGGCAUUCGACUGUUCUGACGUGGCGAUUCCCUCGGGAGCCCCGGGAGUUUGAAGACACACGGGAAAAGGGAGAAACCGCAGAGAGCGUCAAAGGAUGAGGGGUGCUGUAAAAGGAGCAGGGGAGUCCUGUGAAAAGAAUCCAUCAUGCACUGAAAGGCUUUCUGGAGAAGGUGCCCUGAUUUGCCUCCCCUAUUGCUCAGAUCAAAGGAGCCCGCAAGGACAGUCCUGAAGGAUUCCUCAAGGGCCUUUUUGUCAUUGUUCCUCUGUCCCCUUGCACACGGCUAUUUGCUGACCUUUCCAGAGGAAUCUCAGUCCCCCAGUUCCAGCUGAGAAGACAGUUCUUUAAAAAAAAAAAAAAAAAAAAUUCCUGCUGUUUGAACGGGAGGUGCAGCUUGCUGGCUGUGGUGCUUUUUGCUGUGACAUUUUGGAAUGUCUGCAGAAACUUAAAAAAAAAGAGAAAAACAACGUUAAAAACUCCCUGGAUUAGGCAAGAGCAAAGGAAGUUUUUGCCAAAAAGAAGUAAAUGAGAGGUGGUGGUAACUUAUCCCUGAUCCAGGACCUGGAUGAUCAAAACCUUCGGGUUCUAGGAAGCAGCACUUCAAACCUAACAAAUAAACAAACAUGAGACGGAGUGGCUGUGGGGUCUCGCGCAGAAGCGGGUCGUAAAGGCAGCCUGAAACUGGUCAGAACUUCGGGCCUGUAUGAUGCCUGAAGAUCGAAACACUGGGGGACGCCCCUCAGGUGCCUUAGCGUCAACGCCUUUCAUUCCUAAAACUACAUACAGAAGAAUCAAACGGUGUUUUAGUUUUCGGAAAGGCAUCUUUGGACAGAAACUGGAAGAUACUGUCCGUUAUGAGAAGAGAUAUGGGAACCGUCUGGCUCCAAUGCUGGUGGAGCAGUGUGUAGACUUUAUCCGACUAAGGGGGCUGAAAGAAGAGGGUCUCUUCCGACUGCCAGGCCAGGCUAAUCUUGUUAAAGAGCUCCAGGAUGCCUUUGACUGUGGAGAGAAGCCAUCAUUUGACAGCAACACAGAUGUACACACAGUGGCAUCACUUCUUAAGCUGUAUCUCCGAGAACUUCCAGAACCAGUUAUUCCUUAUGCAAAGUAUGAAGAUUUUUUGUCGUGUGCCAAACUGCUCAGCAAAGAGGAGGAAGCAGGAGUUAAGGAAUUAGCGAAGCAGGUGAAGAGUUUGCCUGCGGUCAAUUACAACCUCCUCAAGUAUAUUUGCAGGUUCUUGGAUGAAGUACAAUCCUAUUCGGGAGUUAACAAAAUGAGUGUGCAGAACCUGGCCACUGUCUUUGGCCCUAAUAUUCUGCGCCCCAAAGUGGAAGAUCCUUUGACCAUCAUGGAGGGCACAGUGGUGGUCCAGCAGUUGAUGUCAAUGAUGAUUAGCAAACAUGAUCGCCUCUUCCCCAAAGAUGCAGAACUGCAAACCAAGCCCCAAGACGGAGUGAGCAACAACAACAAUGAAAUUCAGAAGAAAGCCACCAUGGGUCAGCUACAGAACAAGGAGAACAAUAAUACCAAGGACAGUCCUGGUAGGCGGUGCUCUUGGGACAAGUCCGAGUCUCCCCAGAGAAGCAGCAUAGAUAAUGGAUCCCCUACAGCUCUACCAGGCAGCAAAACCAACAGCCCAAGAAACAGUGUUCACAAACUGGAUGUCUCUAGGAGCCCUCCUCUCAUGGUCAAGAAGAAUCCCGCCUUCAAUAAGGGCAGUGGAAUAGUCACCAAUGGUUCCUUCAGCAGCAGCAAUGCAGAGGGUCUUGAGAAAACCCAAACCACUCCCAAUGGGAGCUUACAGGCCAGAAGGACCUCUUCACUGAAGAGUUCUGGUACCAAAAUGGGCACCCACAGCGUGCAGAAUGGAACGGUGCGAAUGGGCAUUUUGAGCACCGACACACUUGGGAACCCCAUGAACGGUCGCAGCAUGAGCUGGCUGCCCAAUGGCUAUGUGACCCUGAGGGACAACAAGCAGAAAGAGCAAGCAGGAGAGUCAGGCCAGCACAACAGGCUCUCCACCUAUGAUAAUGUCCAUCAACAGUUCUCCAUGAUGAACUUUGAUGACAAACAGAGUGUCGACAGCGCCACCUGGUCCACUUCCUCCUGUGAAAUCUCUCUCCCUGAGAACUCCAACUCCUGUCGCUCCUCCACCACCACCUGCCCAGAACAAGACUUUUAUGGUGGGAAUUUUGAGGACCCUGUUUUGGAUGGGCCCCCACAAGAUGACCUUUCCCACCCUGGGGACUAUGAAAACAAAAGUGACCGGAGGAGUGUGGGCGGUCGAAGUAGUCGUGCCACCAGCAGCAGCGACAACAGUGAGACAUUUGUGGGCAACAACAGCAGCAGCCACAGUGCACUGCACAGUUUAGUUUCCAGCCUGAAACAGGAAAUGACCAAACAGAAGAUAGAGUAUGAGUCCAGGAUAAAGAGCUUAGAACAGCGAAACUUGACCUUGGAAACAGAAAUGAUGAGCCUCCAUGAUGAACUGGAUCAAGAAAGGAAAAAGUUCACAAUGAUAGAAAUCAAAAUGCGAAAUGCCGAGCGAGCAAAAGAAGAUGCCGAGAAAAGAAAUGACAUGCUCCAGAAAGAAAUGGAGCAGUUUUUUUCCACGUUUGGAGAGCUGACAGUGGAACCCAGGAGAAGCGAGAGAGGAAACACGAUAUGGAUCCAGUGAGCCCGCUUUCUCCCGCUGUCUCCAAUGGAUCUGGGAAGGACUGGGGGGGUUCCAGGGGGAAUAUUCUGUGGGAUCAGGUGGCUGGUCACCUGGCUGUACAGUGCUCUAACUGGUGAAGGAAUCUCAUUUACAGACAUUAACCAUCUAUAUCCGCAAUGUGUACCAAAGUUAUAUCAUGCCCCAUAAUGCUACUGUCAAGUGUUACAACUGGAUAUGUGUAUAUAGAGUAGUUUUUAAAAAGUAAACUAAAAAUGAGAAGCAUAUCUCAAGAAUUAUUUUAUUGCAAGUCUUGUAUUUAAAAUGUUAAAUCAAUAUGUUGUUGCAAUUUAGCUUGCUUUCAAGCUUCACCCCUUGCACUUAACAUAAGCUAUUUUUGGCAUUGUGUUAUCAUCAGCUUAUUUUAUAGAUCAAUAUUUUUAUUUCCCUUUUUGCUGAGGAAAUGAAGAUAAGCAGAUAUAUGAAUAUAAAUAUAUAUAUAAGAUGAGUUAUUAAAAUCAAAAGAAUACUUUGUGGCCGUGCUGUUUGUGCCAAUAGACCUUGCCAUGACCAAAAAGAGAAAUGUAAAUAAUUUUAUAAAAUACAUUGAAUCACCAGGAA